AUGCCACACACGGGUCAGGCGGGUAUCAAUCAAUUGGGCGGACUAUUCGUGAACGGAAGACCACUUCCACUGCAUGUUCGCCACCGGAUCAUAGAAUUGGCUCUUUUGGGAGUCCGUCCGUGCGAUAUAUCCCGACAACUAUUGGUAUCUCACGGAUGUGUCUCCAAAAUACUCACCAGAUUUUAUGAAACCGGUUCAGUGGGGGGCUCAAAGCCCAAGCACGUGACCACUCCUAAUAUAGUGAAGCGGAUCCUGCGUCUGAAGCAGGAGAACCCGGCCAUCUUCGCCUGGGAGAUCAGGGAUCUGUUGCGCCGGGAAUUAGUCACUUAUAACCAAAACCGCAAUCAAAAUGAGUCCACUUCUGGCACGUCCUCAUCGGCCGGAGAGUCAGAGCUUAACGUGAAUGUCAUUCCUUCCAUUUCAUCCAUUAAUCGUAUCCUAAGGAAUGGCACGAAUGCUCUCUUCGAUUGGACCCCCAAUUCAAACACAUCUUCUGCUUCAGAAUCCAAACAAACGAAUAAUACAUUGAAUAAUGAGAUGAAUAGGAAAUCUCAGAGUCAAUGCCAACCUGUUUUGGUCAUUUAA